CAAGAAUUUUCAUACAUCACAUGGACAAACCCCAUCAGCUGAGCUGCAGCACUCUCAAACCAAAUUUACCUGCCCGGCUCACCAUGCUCAGACCAUGCGCACUCCAUCGACUCUCCUGCACGCUGCUGCUGCUCCUCCUCUCCCUCUCUAGCCCAGGGGAGAGCCGGCCUCACGUGGCCCACAGGGGCGCACCUGACAUGGACAGGACAGACAGCCAAAGGGCCCUGCUCUUUGAGGCGGUAAAGACCGGGAUCCUCAGCUCGUUGGGUAUGGACAGGGAGCCCAGGACGACCCAAAGGGCCUCAGGGCCGGAGCUGAGGAAGAUGUUUCAGCUCUACAGAGAAAAGCUGAGGGAGAUGAGAGGGAAUUCCAGCCGACCGAUGAGCGAAACCUGGCAAUCAACAAUUUCCACUGUACUUUUUCCAGCCACAGUGGAGCCAGUAAAAGUACCUUGGAGGCGAGGACACCCAGUUCAACACAUGCAGUGGUUCAGAGCUGUUUUCAAUAAAACCCCACACAUCCAGACUGGGGUGACUCUGGCUCGGGCAGAGCUGAAGAUUUCCCGGCAGAUCUUAAAUAAACCCACGUCAGUAAAGCUUGAGGCGAGACAAGAGGUUAAAGUUCGAGUCAACGGCAUGAAGCCGAUGAACUCUGCUGCUUGGACUCGCACAGACCACGUCAACGUCUCAACCUGUCAAGAUGUGCUGUUGGACCUCAGCCCCGAGGUGGAGGAGUGGAUGAUAAGUGAUGGUGGUCAAGUGCUGGUUGUGGAUGUAGGGAUGGUCGUGGUGGGCAGAGAUGCCCUGAGGACAAACCCAACCAUUUCUCUGGAACUAGGCCUCGUGCAGCCCAAACCGGCUCAGAGGACGAGACGCUCCAACAAGGAGGACGACUGUGACGAGCGAGGAUGGUGCUGCCGCAAGUCUGUCAUCGUGUCCUUCAAAGACAUCGGCUGGACGGACUGGGUGGUGGCCCCAGCCGAAUACACGAUGCAUUUCUGCGACGGCACCUGCCCCCACAACUACAAGCCGGCCAGCAUGCACACGCAGGUGAAGUCCCGGCUGCACCAGAUUACAAAAGGAGAGACGCCUCACCCCUGCUGCGUGCCGGCGGCCUACGAGCCCAUGGUCCUCAUGCACUAUGACAGUAGGGGAAAGUUAAAGCUGACACCUUUCAACGACUUUAUUGUCAGUAAAUGUCACUGCGCCUGAGGGGGGGAUGGCACAGACAGUUUACUCACUGCGAUCAUUUCCACUGGGAAAAAGAUGUUACAUGGUGAAAACAAAACUGACUGUGUUCUCAAAUUAACAUUUUAUCACAAAUCGUCAUUGGUUAACUGAAUAAAAAUUGCGGUCAUCCACUUUUAAUUUAAAAAAAGACGUUACUGAUGCACAAAGCCACUGUUCUGUUUUGCAUGUCGAUCGGUUGAUUCAUAUCUUUGCCUUAAACCUAUUUAUUUUGAGUUCUAUUUAUGGUCCCAUUUGUGUCCCUUUGUUGUGUAAUGUAGAAUUUAUUAUUUAAUUUGUAUUGUUGCUUUUAUUUAAAGUGCUGUAUUGUUUAUGAGACUUGUGUUUUGGAAAACUUGUUUUGUUGUCAUCAACAUUUCAAUAAUUUUAUAUCCUAAUAAAUGCUCUGAUGGAUUCACACUGACCUUCUGCACGUGAAUGUACAUUUCAUAAUAAACACAUGAGCGUGACCUUUUAUAAGAUUUGUUAUU